CUUUACUCUCAAAGGUAAGGUUCAAUGCUGUCACCUCUCAGGUUGCAGACUAUAGGAUAGUUUGGGGAAUUUUCAACAACUCCACCUACACAUGAGGAAGCCUUAUUUAUGACAAACUUCCAUCCCUGCUUCAGAGCAAUUCAGCAGUUCACCUGACAAAGUGUCUUCACCAGACUGUACAUUGGCAAUAAAGACAUCAUGGCAACAUCAGAUGGAUUUCCUGCCAGUUUCUAUGGGGAACCAGGAGUUUUAGGCAUGCUGUCCAAUGGGAUCAGCGCAUUCCUGGUACUUCUGCAGAACUUCAAUACAGCUCGCACUGGCGAUGCACCAGUAGGAGUGGAGAACAUACUUGCAGGUGUUCAUCUCAUCCUGAUUGGUGGUAUCUGCCAACUGGUGGCUGGACUUCUUUCCUUCCGAAAGUACGAUCAUCUGAGUGCUACUGCUUUUAUUGGCUAUGCUGCUCUUUGGGGUAGUUAUGGUGCAACCCGAAUCUACUUUGGCGCCUUACCUCAAACUCUGACAACAGCAUCUGUUUUGAGCAAUUCAUCUGUGUCCAUGAACAUGACCAGCAACAUGUUUCUGAAUGCUUCCACAGAGACCCCACUUUGUCCUUUAUGCCUGUCCAUCAGAGAGUCAGCAAUUGCUGGUCUGGUCCCCUACAUCCUUCUGUCCUUUCUGCUGGCAUUUUGCUCUGCCACAGUCAACUACAUCAUGCCUUUUGUUUUUGGAGCCAUCACAGCCACUUUAGUCUUUGAAGCAGUGGUUCUCGUGUCAGGCUCCUGGGCUCUGGUGGUCGCUGGAGUUCUGGAGCUGCUCAUUUUGAUCUUUGCCAUCUAUGGUUCAGCAGCACUGCUUGUCAAAGGUCUGACACAGCGUCUUGUCCUCAAAGGCUUUGGGACGCCUCUCUUUAAUGUUCUCCUGCUGGGGACCGCCAACUCAGCAAGUGCCCAGAGCAUGGGCCAAGAGAAGAAGAAGAACACCAAAUACGCUGAGCCCAUGGCCUUGGGUUUCUUCUGUGACUCUGUUGCUCCUUUCAUUUUUGCUUUCUACAGCUUUGGGUACAUGAAAUCAUUUGGUUUAGGAGUUGCCUGGGUCUCAAUCAUCUCAGUUGCCCAGUUGUUCUCCAGCUACUACGCUCAUCUGCGCCAAGAUUGCUACCACACUACAAAGUUUGGUUUUCAUGCUACGUAUUGGCUGAUCAAGGCUUGGGACGAGUUUGUGGUGUCUGCUCUCAUUGUGGAGGACAGUAAAGUUGUCUCUGGGAGAGAGGCAAUGGUGGGAAACUGGUUCUUUGUGGUGGCAGGCUUGGUGCUGUGUGUGGGAAGCCUGAACAUGGACGUCCUGGAACUGGUCCACAACGUGCUCUUUGUCCUACUCACAGUGUCAACAGUCCCCCAGAUCCCACCCCAGGGUUACUACAUCUUCUUUGGUGUAGCUUCCUCCCUGUUCACCGCAGCCUCCAUCUAUGGCACCUUCUCCCGUCUCAUCAACACCAUCGCAGAAAAGUCUCUCAUCCCUGUCGGACCACAGCCCGUCUCCACAGAGCAGCUGAAGAAGGCUCUGAAGUGCAGAAGGUCUAAACAGGGAGACCAGAAGGUGAUGCUCCAAACCGACCAGGCUUCUGAUGCUCUGUUCUACCUUUCAAAUGGGGUCGCAUCUCUGUCAGCUCUUCAUUCGAAUGUGUCCAGUAUGAAUCCUGCCCUCCUUCAUCUGAGUGUCCCUUGGGUCCUCAUCUCUGGAGCAAUAAUCCAGGCCUACGUCAGCAGGCUGCAAGUCACCGGAGGUGGCCGCUUUGGGUCGGUCAUCUCGUCCAUCUAUGUGGGAAUUUGGGCAGCUUGGACCUGGUUUAGGUUUGCAGGUGACCUGCUUCAGUUCUCCACAGAGACAGCUUAUGGUUUUACAGCAGGAGCCGUUGCUCUCCUGGUUAUUAAUGCUUCACUCAUGUUGACCGCUGCCUACAGGAACUUGGUUUUACUGUUUCUGACAGCAGUCAUGGAAGUUGUUCUGGUCUGUUUCCUGCUGUCCACCCUGCAGCGACUGCCAUAUGAGCUAGAAAUGGCCAUGCUGGCACUGGUUUCAGUCCUUUGCAUUUAUGGAGCUCUGGCAUCACUGCUCAGCUGCAUCUUCUCACAGAGAUUGCUACCUAUGGGUCCUCCACUAAUAAAGGAGAAGGUGAAGCGAGAAACAUCUCCAGAGUCGCCCUGUCCAGUGGCAAACUCACGACUCACCAGUGGUCUCUUGAAGAUUGCUGGAGUCCUGGAGGAAGGAGGAGUCUGUGGUAUUCCUACAGAUACUGUCUACGCCCUGGCUGCCUCCUGCAAGAACCCUCAGGCCAUCGAGAAAAUCUACAACAUUAAAGACAGACCAGCAGAGAAGCCUAUAUGCAUUUGCAUCUCCAGUGUGGAGCAGCUGGUGGCAGCCAAUCCUCCUUUCAGUCCUCUGCUGUGGGAGUUUAUGAGGAACGUGUAUCCUGGAGGCAUCAGCUGCAUCGUCAGCAAAGGAGACUGGCUCUUCAGACUAGGAGUGGGACCAGCUUAUGAUCGUGUUGGUACCAAGGACAGCAUCAUGAUCCGUGUCCCGGACCACACGGUGACCGGACACUUAUGUCAUAUCACUGGACCUCUUGCUAUUACUUCAGCCAAUCCCAGUGGAGAAGCAGACAGCACUCACCACAGCAUGGUCAUCAAUCGACUGGGACACAAGAUCCAAGGAGUUCUGUGUGAUGGUGACUCUAAUGAAGUCAUUGCUUCCACUGUGGUCAACUGCCUGAGAAUUGAUGAAGGAACCAUCAGCAUUGUGAGGGAGGGCUGCGUUCCAGCCCUUAAAGUCCAACACAUGUUUGACAGAGUGAAAAGCACUAUGCUAUGAUUGUUGUGUACCUCAUUUCUUUCCUGUCAGAGGGUUUCAUUGUUCCUGGUUCCCUCUAAGUUCAGGAACAGAAUGAGAACGACUGACCGAAAACAAGAGAAGCACAGUUCAUAGAAAUGUAGCUGUGGAUGUUUCAGCAGAUGUUACAGUAAAACUAGUAGACUCCCAUGUUGUUUGGUUAAUGAUUCUGUAAAUAUGUAUUUAUGCAUUUAAAUUACACUGUAUGUUGACAUCAUUUUCACACAUCUCAGUAUCAAGGUUGGAAUUGGAAUCUCCCUGUGUGACGUGUGUAUUGAAACUCAUUAUUCUGUAAAAAUAAAGAAAAAAAUUG